AAAAAAAAGAGAGAAGGAAGAAAUCGAGACAAGACUACUACUAAUCGUCGAUCGGCCAUUAGAAUAUAGAAGAAAGAAAAAAAAUUAGCUGAGUUUACUGUCAAAUAGUCAACUUCAUCUUAUUGAAAUAAUUGUGAAAGAGAGAAGGUGAAAUUAUGGGUAUGGGAAAAUGGGUAACAAUAGGAGUUAUAGUAGCGAUAAUUGCAAUGAUGAAAGGAUUAAGCAGCCAAUUAGGUUUUGAAAAAGAGGCAACAAUUGAAUGGUUGAAACAAAUGUCAGAUCGGUUAGGAAAUUGGGCAAUACCUGCAUAUGUAGGUCUUCAUACAGUUACAUUAGCUCUUUGUCUUCCUUAUGCUGUCUUCUUUGAAGCUGGUGCUUCUCUCCUUUUUGGGUUCUUUCCAGCUGUUUUGUGUGUGUUCUGUGCUAAAAUUCUUGGCGCAUCUCUCUCUUUUUGGAUCGGAAGGUUUGUGUUUCGGAGUUCCAGCUCUGCUGUAGGGUGGGCGCAAAACAACAAGUACUUCCAUGUUCUUUCAAGGGGUGUUGAACGAGAUGGAUGGAAAUUCGUACUUCUUGCCCGUUUCUCACCUAUACCUUCUUAUGUCAUCAACUAUGCCUUGGCAGCCACCAAAGUUAGGUUCUUCCUGGAUUUCCUGCUUCCAACAGCAGUCGGCUGCCUGCCAAUGAUUUUGCAGAAUACAUCUAUCGGCAGUCUGGCCGGUGCUGCUGUAUCCUCCGGCUCUGGAUCUAAAUCAUCCAAUUUAUGGUCAUACAUCUUUCCUCUUCUUGGGAUCUGUGCAAGUAUCCUCAUAUCUUUGAGGGUGAAAAAGUACUCCAAGGAUAUCGCAGUUGCUGAAACAGUUCCUACAGAGGAUAACGACAGCAAUAUAUUGUCUGAAAGGAAAAAAGGGAAAGGCUUGAAGAAACAGUAAUAUAUCAUAUAUAGGUUUUGCAUUCCUUCUUUCCCUCUUUAAUUUCCCCCUGAUGGUGGUUGAAAGGGAGGGAUGUAUCGAGCUGGCUGACAAAGCUUCUUGGUCUCGUAGGGGCUAAGUAGAAGAAAGAAAAGGAAUUGGGAUGAGAGCAUGAUGUUUUUCCAAAGAAAGAAGUUGAGAAUAUUUAUACCUCUACAGGACAAAACAUGUUACGAUUUAUGCUGACUGAUUUUUCAAUUUUUGAAAUCCAAAGAAACGCUGUGAUUGACAUUGAAAAGAGAACUGCUAAUUAAGCUUAAUGGAUAAAUAGUUUCUAUUCUCCCUUUCA